UCUUUGUCUGUGGUUAGGAGAGAAGGCAGAGAGUCAAGGGUUUGCCUGAAGAAAGCUGAAUUUUCAGAAGAAGGGCACGCAAACCCUCGGAAAGAACGGUGGAAAAAGGCCUGGACGGUUUCCACUGUAAUUAUUUCUGUUAUAAACUCUUGACUUAUAUUCCUAUUUGUAACACUUCUAGACCAGAGCUUUCUUAAACCUACUGGAGCUGCAAGAAGAGCCACUGUUUCUUUUUGGAAAGGUCUUAAGUCACUAGUAUUGACCAUGCAGACCACCUGGAUCCUGCUGCUUGUCUCUCUGGGCGUCUCUACCCUGGCUGGUGCUGAGAAAGGCCUCGAAUUCCCACGUUAUGAUGGCAAAGAUCGUGUCCUGGACAUUAAUGAGAAGAACUACCGCAAAGCCCUGAAGAAAUACGACAUGCUGUGCCUGUUCUACCACACUCCUCUGCCAACUGCAAAAGAGCUGCAGAAACAGCUACAAAUGGCUGAAUUAGUGCUAGAGUUAGCUGCUCAAGUCUUGGAGGAAAAGGAUAUUGGCUUUGGAAUGGUUGACUCCCAAAAAGAUGCUAAGGUUGCCAAGAAACUAGGUCUGCAUGAGGAAGGCAGCGUCUAUGUCUUUAAGGAGGACCGUGUGAUUGAAUUUGAUGGCUUGCUCGCUGCAGACACUCUUGUGGAAUUCCUUCUGGAUCUGUUGGAAGAUCCGGUUGAGAUAAUUGACAAUGCUUUGGAGUUACGAGCUUUUGACCGUAUGGAGGAAGACAUCAAACUCAUUGGUUUCUUCAAGAGUCGUGACUCUGAACAUUAUCUUGCUUUCCAAGAGGCAGCUGAACAGUUUCAGCCUUUUAUCAAUUUUUUUGCCACCUUUGAGAAAUCUGUUGCAAAAGAGCUGACUCUAAAGAUGAAUGAGGUGGACUUCUAUGAGCCCUUCAUGGAGGAACCAGUCACCAUUCCAGACAAACCACACUCAGAGGAAGAGCUGGUGGCCUUCAUAUCCGAACACAGGAGACCAACUCUAAGAAAGCUCAGGGCAGAAGACAUGUUUGAGACCUGGGAGGAUGAUUUGAAUGGAAUUCACAUUGUAGCCUUUGCAGAAGAAGAGGACCCUGAUGGUUUUGAAUUCUUGGAGAUUUUGAAGGAGGUGGCCAGAGACAACACACACAAUCCAGACCUGAGUAUUGUGUGGAUUGACCCAGACAACUUCCCACUGCUCAUUCCUUACUGGGAGAAGACCUUCAAGGUUGACCUCUUCAGACCACAGAUUGGUGUAGUUAAUGUUACAGAUGCGGACAGUGUCUGGUUGGAGAUACCUGAUGAUGAUGAGCUGCCGUCACCUGAAGAGCUGGAAAACUGGAUAGAAGAUGUGCUCUCUGGAACAGUGAAUACAGAGGAUGAUGAUGACGAUGAUGACGAAGAUGAUGAUGACGAUGAUGAUGAUGAUGAAUGAUUCAUAUACUGUGAACCUCAAACAAAUCUGCUAAAAAUAACUUUCUUUUACAGCAAAAUCAUUUUGUACAUUUUGUACACUGCAGAGUUCUCUUAAUGUUAAACUGAAAUUAUACAAGUCAAAGAAGUCUCUUAUUUAUCUAGGUGAAAAUUAUUUAUUUUAUUCACUUCUAAACUGGAAAUUGAUAAAGGGAUUCAAAUGAAAUACUGCAGUGAAAUUUUGUCACUGCAUCAGUUAUUACUCUCUUGUACAUUUUCUACUGUAAUCAAUCACACAAGACAAUAAAACUUUA